UGCUAGUACCAACUUGCCAAAGACGCAAAAUACAUCGGUUCAGACCAAGAUAUCUAAUAUUUACAUUACACUUGCAAAAGAAAGGAUGACCUCCAAGAGACCAAAGAGCACUGGAGACGGCGUGGGCAUUAAGGGGAACGCUAAAGACAAAAAGAACGAUGUUGAUUCUCCUGCAGGCUCAGUCGACAUCUUCCCCAUGGUGCUGACCUCCGCCACCCAGGAGAUGUUUGGCUGCCGAGCUGACGAGGACGUGACCGGGGAUGCCCCCUACAAGCUGCUGAGGAAGGCCGACGUUCUGCAGGACAUGAGGACCAGGGCGGCAGUGUCUGAUUUCAGCCCCGUCAAGCAGCUAGUGAUGGACUAUCCAGAGGAGGAGAUCCUGCUUGUCUAUGACAUUGACUUCACCCACGGACAGAGUUUCUACCUGGUCUUGACAGUGGAGACCAAGGACAUGAUGUUAAGGCUCCCCGCGUCUGAAGAGGAAGUGGCUGCGGACGCCACGUCGUCCGAGGUGUUCGUGCAGGAGAAGACCCCCGAGCCGCAGGCCUGGGUCUCUCUGGGGAGCGAGCAGGAGAUCCAGGAGGAGUCUGUCACCGACUCCAGACCUAGGUUGAAAUAUAAGAUUUCGAGGGCGCGGAGGGAAUUCGGGGCGCCCGUCUGCUUCUCUAGUCGUAACGCGGCGGACGCCAAGGACGGCCACAUGGAGUGUUCCUCCUACCAGGACCGGAGCUUCAGCCUGCGGCAGAUGGAGAGACAGAGCGGCGUGCAGGCCAUCCCUGCCCUCCACUGCUCCAGCACGCAAACCAUAUGGAGAUAUCCAAAGAAUAUGUGCACCCAGUAUGAACCGAGAGAGUUCAGCGAGGAGGAGAAGGAGAACUGCCUCCAGUCGGAGACUCUGAAGAAUUUCGUCAACUCGGUCGCCUGGAGGUUCGAGACAGCCCUCCAGCAGAACGAGAUCAUGGACGUGUUCGUCGACGACUGGAAGGCCCUGAAGGAGGACGACGGCGGCUACGGCGGCAAGGCCGACACCCACCUGAAGGAGUACCAGUCCUUUACAGACCUGCACUACAGCAAAGAGAAGACCAUCAGCAACAUCAACUGGCAUCCUACCAUCAACGGGGUGAUCGCCGUGUCUGUGAUAGAGAGACUGUCCUUCGAAGACAGGAUCAAUGCCUCCACUAAGCUGCUGCUAAACCCCUCUCUCAUUCUGUUCUGGAGCUUCUCUGAUCCCAUCAAUCCUCAGUUGCUCCUGGAGUGCCCGGACGACGUCUUCUCCUUUGAGUUCUGCCCCUCCGAUCCAAAUAUUAUCGUUGGCGGCUGCAUGAACGGCCAGGUGGUGCUCUGGGACAUAUCCGCCCACGUCGAGCGACUACAGGGGACUCGCUCCAGCGGUGGGAAGAACACGGCCGCCAACGCCAACGCCUUUGCCUUUGAAGACAAGCGAGUGGAGGAGACUCCCGUGGUGCGCUACUGUGCCGUCUCGGCCAUCGAGAGCGGCCACAAAGCGCCAAUUACAGACGUCCAAUGGCUGCCGGAAACCUUUGAGGUCACCAGGCUUGGGGUUCCGGUGGAGAACAAGAGUCAGAUUUGUGUUCAGGUCAUCACCUGUGCCCCUGACUGCUGUGUGAUGUUCUGGGACAUCCGGACCCCGAGGAUGGCCGCCCAGCCCAUGACAGACAGGCGGCACAAGGCGGAGGAGAAACCUCUGGAGAACCCCCACGGCGUUCCCAACACCUUCAAACAUCUGGACCUGACCUGGAAGCCGCUCGUCAGGGUCGCCCUGCCAAAGAUUGAUACCAGCGGGGAGUACAGCCCUUUGAAAUUCAGCCUGCAAGACAACACCUGCGACAGCCAUACUGGUAGCAACGCAGACAGGGCCCGCGUGCAGACCGAGAGGUCCGAGGCGAACCCCGAGUACGCCCUGCUCCGAGUGCCGUCCGCCAAACACGUCAAACCCCUGGAGGACGUGGUCUCCAAGUUCUACGUGGGAACCGAGGACGGUGAGCUCAUCUACACAGAUUGGAAACUGGAGAAGGACCACGACUCGGGAAGGCUGUUCAGUUCCAAGCCUUCUCAUCGGUUUGUCAUCCACGAUGGCCUGGUGACCACUGUGCGCCGGUCGCCCUUCUUCAAAGACAUCAUCCUCACCGUGGGGGGCUGGACCUUUGCCAUCUGGAAGGAGGGUGUAAUGAACGGUCCCAUCAUCCAGUCGGCGUGCUCCCAGAAGAAGUGCACCGUGGGAUACUGGUCCCAGUCCCGGCCCGCCGUGUUCUUCAUCGGGAAGGAGGACGGCAACAUCGACGUGUGGGACCUUCUGGAGAAGACCCACGAGCCCUCCCAGACCCAGAACAUCACCACGGCCCAGAUCACCUGCAUCAAACCCUGGAUCGUCUCCUCCAAGCAGCACCUCCUGGCCGUGUCGGACCACCUCGGGACCCUCCACAUCCUGGAGGUCCCAUGGACUCUCCGCACCCCCUCCAGCAACGAGAAGCUGAGCACGAGGAAGUACUUCGAGAAGGAGGUGGAUCGGCUGGUGUACUUUGAGACGAGGAUGGAAACGAGAUCCAAGGAGAAGAAAGACAUGGAGGCCGAGGAGAUGAGGAAGAGGAUGGAGCCUAUCAUGCCGGAGAAAGCAGAGGAUCAGAUCCUGGAGGAGGCCUUGAAGGACUACAAGGACUACUUAGCCCUGGAGAAGGUCAUUCUGAAGGACAUGGGUCUGUUGGUAGACACUGAUGACUCAUCGGACAUCUGAGAUGCUGUAAGCCCAGCCAAGCCCAGCCUGCCCUGACACCAGACACACACUGGUACCUGAUAUCCCCCCCCCCCCCCUCCCCUUCCCCAAAACACCAGGAUUUAAUACCCUUGCUGCAACACACACCACUGUCCAAGCCUGCUGUUUCAAUAGUGCUAAAGUGUGUGCCCAUUUGAGAGUUU